CAAACCACAUGAUUCUGUCUCUCCAGUAAUAGUGCUUGCAAAAAAAAGGAGUUUUAAAAGCUUUUGCUUUUUUGGAUUGUGUGAAUGCUUCAUUCGCCUCACAAACAACCACAGAACCACAAGUGCGGUGCAAACUUUCUCCAGGAGAAGAGCAAGAAGUCUCUGGUUUUUAAAUGGUUAAUCUCCGCAGGUCACUACCAGCCACCGAGACCAACAGAGUCAUUUAAGGCUGCAAGCAGUAUUAACAACAGAGGGUACAAGUUCUAUCUGGAAAAAAAAGGAGGGACUAUGGCAUCAAACAGCCUCUUCAGCACAGUGACACCAUGUCAGCAAAACUUCUUUUGGGGUGAGGAAACUGAAGUCCAGAGGGGUUUCUUGAACUGCCCAAGGACAUAUCACUAUUUAGUGAUACAGCUGGGACUAAAAGUGAAGUCCCCUGACUCCAGGUCCAGAGUUUUUUCUACUAUACCACGUGGAACACACAAAUAAAAGUUGAUUACAAUUAA